AUGGGGUCAUCCCAGGAGCUCCUAAAGGAGCUACAAGACAGCUGGGUGAGUGCUUUGGACAAGGGCCUCAACUGCUCGCCUGUCCCUCCUGUAGUCACCGUGUUUGUCCCCUUCUCCCUUCCCUGGCUCCCAGAAAUAACCCAGCAAUACCAGGAGCUGCAGGAGCAGACAGCAGUCCCCAGCCAGCACUUGGAGACCAAGGUGAAGAGCCUAGAGGAUGAGCUUGGUAUGGCCCCCCAGUGCCUGCCCCGUGCCAGUGCCCGGGGAGAUGGGAGGUAUUUGCCUUGUACUGUCAGCACAGCAGCAGCUAAAGGCAAAGCCCAGCCCUGUUCCCAGUGCAUCCCUGACCUUGGGAGAUGCUGGCUGGAAAGGGGAUGCUGUGAUCCUAUGCUGCACACUGUCCCCAUCCUCCUGUGCAUUGGUUGCCUCCUGUGCUCACGUGCUCAGUAUCCCCUGCCUCUGUCCCCACACUCCACAACCACCCAGGUAAACCUGGAUCUCGCGCUGGCCAAGAUGGCAAAGACCAGCCAGCAUUGGAAAGAAGUACGAAUGACCAUCGCCAUGGAGCACAAGGAACACCUACAGGAGUUCAGCCUCAAGCCCUUAGAGAUUAUAGCACCCUGGAGCUCCUGAGAUGGGACCAGGCUCUCAGUCCCUACCUCCCUAUCAGCACACUUGGAGAGCUUUCCAAAUCCACUGUUCAGUGCUCCAGCAGCCCUGGGCUAGGUAAGAGCAGACAGCUCCUGUCUGGCCCUGGGAUGCACUGCUGAGUCACAGUCCUCUCCAUAACAUUAUUCACAUGAACAGCAGUGUGGAUUUGCCCUUUAAUCACAUCCCAAACAAGUGAUGCAGGAGCAGUGCUGU